AUGCCGCAGGCCCCGCGCAUCGCCCUCGGCCUCCUGUGCGCGGCGGUCUGCGUGGCCUGCAACCUCUCCGCGCCGGUCCUUACUGGCAUCCUCUUCGAGUCGCUGAGUCAGGGCGGCGGGCCCGAGGGCUACCGCCGGGCGCUCGCCAUGCUCGUGGGCGUGUACACCGUCGAGCCGAUCCUCACGCAGGUCUACAUCCGCACCAUGGUCGCGGCCGGCGAGAACGCCAUCGCCACGCUGCGCCGCAAACUCUUCCGCGCGGUCCUGCACCAGGAGGUGGCGUUCUUCGACCUCGGGUCGUCCUCGGAGCUCACGGGCCUCCUCUCGACGCAGCUCGGGACCGUGCGCGACGUGAUCGUCGGAAACGUGUCGCGCGACCGCGGCAUUCGCGCGCUCCUGGAGACGAUCGGGUCCUGCGCGGUGCUCGUGUGGCUGUCCGCGAAGCUCGCGCCCGUGCAGAGCGCCGCGGUGCUGUCGCUCUCCGUCUUCGCCGCGCUCUACUCCCGCUGGACGAAGGCUCUCUUUGCCAAGGACGCCCUGGCAGUGCGCCGCAUGAACGACGUCGCGGGGGAGGCGUUCGACAACAUCAAGACGGUCCGGUCGUUCGCGGGGGAGUCCCAGGAGGAGAAGCGCUUCGGGGACCUCGUGGACUCCUCCCUUGAGUCAGGCCUCGGCAUCGGGCGCGCCAAGUCCUUCCUGGAGGCUCUCAACCGCACCGCGAUUCACGCGUCCCUCAUCCUGCUCUUCGGCUACGGCGGCUUCCUCGUCGCGGACGGCCAGAUCUCCCUCCGCGUCCUCCUGUCCGGGAUCGGCUUCACGUUUUCACUGGUGUUUGCCACGCAAGGCUUGGUGAACACGCUCGCCGACGCGCGGCGCGCGGUGUCCGCGAUCGCGUCGAUCCACAAGACGCUCGAGAACGCCGACCCGGAGGCGGCGCGGCAGGGCGAGGACUACGCGCCCGACUUCGACGCGGGCGUGCCUGCGAUUGUCGCCAAGCCCAGCGGCGGGGUCGAGGCGGUGCCGUCGGCGACGGCGCGGGAGGAGGACCGCACGUCGGCGCGCGAGCUCGCGACGAGCAGCGACCUCGUGCUGUCCGGGGUGUCGUUCGCGUACCCGGCGCGACCGUCGGUGCGGGUGCUGAAGCACAUCGAUCUGCGGCUGAGGGCCGGGACGGUGACGGCGCUGGUCGGGCGGAGCGGGAGCGGGAAGAGCACGGUGGCGUCGAUGAUUGCGCGGUUCUACGAGCCCACGUCGGGCGAGGUGACCCUGGGGGGGGUGUCUGCCGGACAGUUCCCCCGGGAGGACUGGGCGAACGCCGUGUCGCUCGUGUCACAGGAGCCCGUGCUCUUUUCCGGCACCGUGCGCGAGAACAUCGCGUACGGCGGCGGCAGAGACGGCCAGGGCGGCGCCGCGGCGUCGGACGAGGACGUCGAGGCUGCGGCGUGGGCCGCCAACGCCGCGGAGUUCAUCUCUGAGCUGCCCGACGGGUUCGACACGCAGGUCGGGCCGCGGGGCGCGCAGCUGAGCGGCGGACAGCGGCAGCGGAUAGCGAUUGCGCGAGCGCUGGUGAAGGAUGCCCCGAUCCUGGUGCUGGACGAGGCGACGUCGGCACUUGACUCAGUUUCGGAGCGGCUGGUGCAGGAGGCGUUGGAGCGGCUGAUGGCGGGACGGACGGUGGUGGUGAUUGCGCACCGGCUGUCGACGGUGCAGCGGGCGGACUCGAUCGCGGUGAUGAGCGGCGGGCGGGUGAUUGAGCAGGGGACGCACGCGGAGCUGAUUGCGCAGCGCGGGGCGUACGCGGACCUGGUGGACACGCAGCGGCUGGCGUUCAACGACUAG